AUGAAAAGGAGAUCGAGAGCACCAGCAACAACACCAACAAUCAAUGGAAGCGAUUGUGUUGAUGCUUUAGCUUGGACAAAUGAAGAUCAAACAUUCAUGCAGAAUGUCAAUCGGCUCAUAUUUAUUAUUGGCACUAAUAACACUCAUCGAGUAGGAGCUGACGAAACUGUUCGAUGUAUUUCACAAACUGUUGAAUCAGUUCGUUAUUUAUAUCCAGAUCUAAAUAUAAUCUGGCAACUACUUCAAAAAAGAAGUAGCAAGACUUGGCUUUUACCCGAAGGUCAACCGGUGUUAAAUGAAAUUAGUCGUUGUAAUAUACAACUAACUCAAUUAGCAGCUGAAAUGAAAUUUAAUACAAUUCAACCAGAUAUUCCAAUUGAAUAUAUGUGUGAUGGUCUCCAUCCAUCAGCACACGGUGUCAGAAUGAUGGAAACGAAUAUUCGCCAUUAUUUAAAAGAGAAUAAAACGAUAUAUUCUUCGUCGUUUUCACAUGUUCCUUCUCUUUCUCAUAUUGCUGUUUCCAGUAUUUUGGGAUUAUUUGGGAGAUGGGUUGAGCUAUGGAAAUUCUGA